AUGUCGGCUCUCCGCCCAAAUCACAGGGAGAAGGCGGCCCCCAAGUCAGGGGCCGCGAAUGGCCUCAUCGACCCGACCAAGACGGGGAAAUAUCCCGUGAUCCUAAGCGACACUCUCCUUGGACGCACUCAAAAGGAGGUCUUUACCGCCGUACGAUAUAACCACAAGCCAGAACUCUCCUCUGAGCCCGCGAUGGCAAGGUUAAAGCCCGAAACUCCCGGCAGCAAGUCCGACUUCGACCUAUCGUUUCCUGACGGCAACAAUGGCAUGUACGGCUACGCAGGCACCCGAACCAUGGACGACAACCAGUACGUCCUCUACUUCGACCCCGCCCGCAAGGCCUUCAUCCUGGACCAGGUCGACUCGACUUUCCACAUGAACGUCACCCGUACCCCGUCAAACGACAACCCUGAGUCCCUACGCCAGCAGUUCGAGCAGCUCGACACCUCCAUAACCGCCACCCCCGAGGUCCGCAAACCCGCCGCCGACACCAAAGACAAAUCUCCCGCUAAACCCGCCGCAAAGGCUUCGUCGGGGCCCAAGAGGCCCUCGGCCAGCAGCAACAAGGCCGCCGCCAAGCCGCGCAAGCCCGCGGCAACGAAGAAGAGCGAAACCAUCCACCUCGCCCUCCCAACCAACGACGCGCCGCCCGCGCCGGCAAAGCCCACCGCACCGGCGAAGAAGAAGGAGACGGCACGGAAGGCGGCCGGCUCCGACGACGAGGAAGACGACGACGACGACGAUUUCGGUCUGACGAUAGAAUACCCCGACGAGAACAAGAACAAGAAGCCCGACUUUUCGCCCGCGUUCGCGCCCAACAUCCAGGUCCGCAGCUUUUCCGAUUUCCUUCGCGACUCCGAGGCCGACGACGCCGAUGGCGAGUCGGACCUGGAGGAGCGUGAUUUCGCAAACUUUAACCUACCGAGUCCGAUGAACGGCCAGGCACAGCAGCAACAGCAGCAGCACGACCAGUACCAGGACCAGGAUGGCGACGGCGAGAUGGAGGUCGAUUCUGAGCCGGAUUUUGAGGAUGCUUUGGAAGACGACCUGGAGGCGGAGCUCGAGAAAGAGCUGGAGGCCGCAAACAGCGGCGACGCUGAGGAGAGUGAGGUGAGCGAGGAAGACUAA